AUGGCAGAAUUCGUGCGUGCCCAGAUCUUCGGCACGACCUUCGAGAUCACCAGCAGGUACACCGAUCUGCAGCCAGUGGGCAUGGGUGCCUUCGGGCUUGUCUGCUCGGCGAAAGAUCAGCUCACAGGACAAGCAGUGGCUGUCAAGAAGAUCAUGAAGCCGUUCUCGACACCAGUCCUAUCGAAGCGAACAUACCGAGAACUGAAGCUCCUGAAGCAUCUCAAGCAUGAGAACGUGAUCAGCCUGAGCGACAUCUUCAUAUCUCCUCUGGAGGAUAUUUAUUUUGUGACCGAAUUAUUGGGAACGGAUCUGCACCGACUCCUUACCUCGCGACCCCUCGAGAAGCAAUUCAUCCAAUACUUCCUAUACCAGAUCCUGCGCGGUCUCAAGUACGUCCACUCGGCCGGUGUCGUGCACCGUGACCUCAAGCCAUCGAACAUCCUCGUCAACGAGAACUGCGAUCUCAAGAUCUGCGACUUCGGUCUCGCCCGUAUUCAGGACCCUCAGAUGACCGGAUACGUCUCGACACGCUACUACAGAGCACCAGAGAUCAUGCUUACAUGGCAAAAGUACGAUGUGGAAGUGGACAUUUGGAGUGCAGGGUGUAUCUUUGCAGAGAUGCUGGAGGGCAAGCCAUUGUUCCCUGGCAAGGAUCACGUCAACCAGUUUUCGAUCAUCACGGAGCUAUUGGGUACACCGCCAGAUGAUGUUAUCUCCACCAUCUGCAGCGAGAACACUUUACGAUUCGUGCAAUCUCUGCCCAAGCGAGAGCGCCAGCCAUUGAAGAACAAGUUCAAGAACGCCGAUCCUCAGGCAAUUGAGCUCCUGGAGCGCAUGCUCGUCUUCGACCCACGGAAACGUGUCAAGGCUGGCGAAGCUCUUGCCGACCCAUACCUUUCGCCAUACCACGAUCCAACCGACGAGCCAGAAGCCGAGGAGAAGUUUGAUUGGUCCUUCAACGAUGCCGACCUGCCUGUUGACACAUGGAAGAUCAUGAUGUACUCUGAGAUCCUCGACUACCACAACGUCGAUUCCGCAGAUGGUGCAGCCGGCGGAGUACCCGAGAACGGGCUUGCGGCAUAG